GCUAAGAAGGGAUCCACAUUCAUCCUCAAAACUCUAAAAUCUAAGAGACAUUUGAAAAUUAUCGGGAGAUCAAGAAUGGCGGAAGAAGCAUCUAGUUUGGUCGGGAUCAUUGAGACCACCGUGGAGAUAAAAUCUUCACCGGAGAAGUUGCAUGACAUGUUUGUCGGGAAAAAGGACCAUAUUCCCAGUGCAUCUCCAUCCUUCGUUCAUGGCUGUGAGCUGCAUGAAGGCGAAAUGGGCCAAGUUGGUUCUGUCGUAACCUGGAAUUACUUUCAUGAUGGGGAGGCAAGAGUAAUGAAAGAGAGGAUCGAGUCAAUAGACCCGGAGAACAAUAGUGUCACGUACAGGGUGUUAGAGGGUGAUGUAAUGAACGAGUACAAAAGUUUCGUGAUCACCUUACAAGUGACCCCUAAGGAAGGAGAACCUGGAAGUGUUGUACAUUGGCACUUUGAGUACGAGAAAAUUAAUGAGGAGGUGGCUCACCCUGAGACUCUCCUCCAGUUUGCCGUCGAGGUCUCCAAAGAGCUCGAUGCACAUCUCUGUUCCGAAGAAUAGAGGAAGAUUUCUCUUGUUUCAAUCCUACAUAUCCAUACUUCUAUUUGUGUGUUUUUGCCUUAAAUUUCAGUCUUUGAAAGUGCUAUAAAUAAGGACUGAGGAGCCCAUUAUCCAUACUUCUAUUUGUGUGUCAUGAGUGUUUGGAAGUUGUUACUUUGGAGAAGCAAAAUGUAGCAGCAUUAGCUGUGAAGCUACUCGAAAUUGAUGUAUGAAAUGUUUGUUAAAGCAUAUAUGUUUAAUUAAUAAAUUAAGCAUUAUGCUUCGUGA